GUAAAGUUGCAAUAUGUCGAAUAGCUAUUUAUGUUAUUCUUAUAUCAUAGUAUGAGUGCAUCUUAGUCACUUCUUCUGUACAAUUGACUGGUUUAGAUAACAUUUGCUAGCGCGGAUGGGAUGUACGAAAAUGCGCCUUGUUUUUAUAUAAAAACAAGUUAUAAGCUGUGAAAUUAUUCUAUCUUGGGUUGUCUAUGCAUUUGCAGGAAACACGACAUCAAGCUGCUGUUAAACGGAAAAAGAAGGCUAUUGACAAGCACUUCAAAAAAAAAAAAAAAAGAAUCGGGACCUCCUGUUUGGUGACGCCGACAAAGAAAAGACAGAGACAGAACGUCUCAAAGAAGAUGUCAGUAUGCUGAGGGCUCAAAAUGCCAAGCUAUUGGAGCGCAUCAGCAUACUUGAAAAGGCUCUUUGCAGCAAAAUUUUCCAAACAGAAAAAAAACCUCGUGCUCUGCGAGUGCUGCAGCCGCACGCCAGCACAACUAAAAGAAGCUGCGCCUUUGCCACCACCGUGCGCUGCUACCGUGCAGCCACCACGCACCGCUGCCGUGCAGCCACCACGCACCGCCGCCGUGCAGCCACCAGACACUGCUGCCGUGCAGUCGCCACAUACCCCCGCCGUGCAGCGACCACGAACCACCACUGUGACCAGGGGCAGCCCUGAAGUUUUUCGUCAGCAACGAGUGGUCCCCGCAAGUGUGAGGGAGGACAAUGAACAGCUGCCAGGGCAAAUUGUCAAUUAUGUGCCCACUGACGGAGAGGUGCAGCUGGGCAGAGGAAUUGCCGUAUAUGAGGGCGUUUACAGCCGUCUCAUGAGCACAAAAAGUGAGACUCGGUUUGUGCGUGAGGCAGCUGUAGCCAUUUUUUCAACAGCAGGCCUAGUCGGGCGCUCCGUCACUGGCGCAGCCUCCAACCGUACUAAAGGGGAGGCAAAACCUCCCUUGGACAAAGAAAAGUACACUGUGCUUUCUGAUUUCUUCAAUCAUUUUUUGAAGAACACGGUGCCGAUUGGAGAGGUAAACCAAAAGAUGAAAGUCCUCAACAAGUCGCUCGCGAACAAAAUUAACGACCUCAUGAAGUCUAAAGAUUAGUUCAGCGGAGCAUAAAAUAAAAGGUUUUGUCUGAUUUCUGUGUUCACUUUUAUUGUCCGUCCUGCUCGCUCUAAUCCAGUGGCGAACCCACCAGUCGGCUAAGCACCAAUGCACUUAUGAGCUUCUACGAAAUAGACUGGUGCACCUAGAGACUGGUACA